CGGACGAAGGCAGACUUUUCCGCCGCAAUUGAUUCUUGAUUGACCCAAACGCGCCUCGCUGAGUCACCUCCUUCGCCCUUGCUGGAGCCUGGAUACGGGUGUAGCAGUAGCACUGUUGCUCGAUUUCUCAUUUAAGGCUGAACUUCUAAAUUGUAUUAUUAAAAAUGAGUAUAUCUAUUGAGAGCGCAGCUUACCUGAACUUGAGGGUAACAAGCACCCUCAAUGAGUUCAUGGCUGAGAAGCGCUUCGACAGAGGGCUCACUAUUGCCGAUUUGAAGACCCGUCUGGAGAUGAUAACUGGAGCAUCAUGUGCAACCAUGACCCUGCAAGUCUUCAGUGACAAAGAUCAACUGGUUUGCCACCUGGAUAAUGACAAUGCUCUCCUGGGGUCUUAUACAGUUGAAGAAAACUACAGGAUACAUGUGGUAGACACAACCAAACAAUGUGGGGAAUUUGAGGACCUGUCAAAGGUGGAGAAAUUUCAACUGUCUGAUGAAAGUUAUGACAAUCGCAAUGACAGUGUGCGAUCGUUCUUGCGGCGCAACAAGCUGGGCAAAUACAACCCAGAAGAGAUGGCAGCCAAGAAUGAAGCAGCGGAGCGUGAGGCCCUCCAGGAGCAGCAGAAGGCUGAGAGCAUAAAAGUAGGAGAUAGAUGUGAGGUGUCCAUACCUUGUGAAGCAACCAGGCGGGGCGAGGUGAUGUAUGUGGGCAAGACAGACUUCAAGGAAGGCUGGUGGAUUGGAAUCAAGUAUGAUGAACCUCAUGGCAAGAAUGAUGGCAGCGUGAACGGCAAGCGGUACUUCACCGCACCUAUGAAAUAUGGCGGCUUCACCCGCCCCGCCAACGUCACUACAGGUGACUUCUCACCCAUCGACUACGAUGACGAGGAGAUGUAGACACCCGUCACCCGUCAAUUAUGAUGAGAUGUAGACGCCCGUCACCCGUCAAUUAUGAUGACGAUGAGAUGUAGACGCACGUCAACCGUCAACUAUGACAACGAGGAGAUGGAGAAGCACGUCGACUACGAUGCAUUGCACUGCCGUGGAUUUGCUCAUGCACGCUUUUUCACAAUGUCCAUUGUAUUAAUUUAUUUUGUAAAAUCAUAUGAAUUAUGAUUCUCACUUACGAACUUCAUGGAUUUCUUAAGUGAAAGUGAAUGACGUUUGUGCGGUUCUAGCACCUGCAUCUUAAUGAACGGUGUUCAGGCUUUUUCACAGAUAUAUCUUUCUCGUUACAUGUGAUAAUUGUUCAAAUUUUUCUCUUAAUAUCGUAGCUUUAAUAUGUUAUCCGCUAUUUUAAGUUUAUCCCUUAUCAAAAACUUAGGAGCGCAGCCGUGCGCCACCAAUUUUGUGCACCAAUAAGCACUGAAUC